CAAUUUAUGUAAUGUGCAUCAGUGCAGGAUCAUGGACCCUGUCACUAAGGAAUCCUGUCUGGUAUAGGGGUUUCUCAGCAAGACCAGACAGAGCUCAGCCUUCCACCAUGCCUGUGCCUCCCCCUCCAGCUCCCCCUCCACCCCCAACAUUGGCCUUGGCAAAUACUGAAAAGCCAUCACUAAGCAGGUCAGAACAAGCAGGGCGAAAUGCUCUAUUAUCUGAUAUUACCAAAGGAAAAAAACUAAAGAAGACUGUUACUAAUGACAGAAGUGCUCCGAUUCUAGACAAACCCAAAGGACCUGGUGGAGGUGGCAGUGGCGGCUUCGGAGGAGGUGGCGGUGGCAGCGGCGGGGGUUUUGGUGGUGGUGGUAGCGGCGGCAGCAGCUUCGGUGGUGGUGGACCACCUGGCCUUGGAGGCCUUUUUCAAGCAGGAAUGCCAAAGCUCAGAUCUGCUGCGAGUCGAGAUGCCGGUAAGAAAGCCCUUGCAGUUCCAGUGAGAGGCCCAGAGAACAGGGAAGUGGGUGCUGAGGGCAAUUCCCCCUCGGGGCCGAGGGACUCAAGCCAGCCCACCCUCUCCAGUUUGUUAGUGGGAGGCUGUGGGACGCAGGCAGCAGUUUACCACCGGCAGAAUAACCCCUGGUGCAAACGGCAUUUUGUGCUUGCCUCUUGUCUUGCUCCAGGCCCCCUCCCACCACCUCCUCCCAUAAGCAGGAACGGAAGCACUUCGAGGGCUUUGCCCGCUACUCCCCAGCUGCCCUCCCGGGCAGGGCUGGACAGCCAGAGAGGUGGACCGCGACCACCACUUCCCCCCGACCGCCCGGGCUCGGCAGCGCCGCCCCCACCGCCACCACCUUCAUCAGCUGUGAGAAACGGCUUCCAGGAUGCAGGUGAUGAUGAAUGGGAAAGCAGAUUUUCUUUUCAUCCUAUAUCUGAUUUGCCACCUCCAGAGCCGUAUGUACCCGUGAACAGAAGUUAUCCCAGUAAACUAGCAAGAAAUGAAAGUAGAGGUGGCUCUGGCCGAAAAGAAAGAGGUGCACCCCCCCUUCCACCUAUACCAAGGUGAAAUGGGUUCUGGCCCAUCUUUGGGCGAUGUGUUUUAAGAUUUCCUUCAAGUCACCUCUCCUGUCCACAUCAAUGGAAAGUUGUCUGGUUUGCUUUAUUUCCACUUUUGGCUUGUCAGCUGGAACAAACUUCAGUCUCUAUUACAGAAGUAAUAGAUGCAGCUUAUGAACUAUAGUUGCUCAAAGCUAUCAAUUUUAUUUGCUUAUACUGCAGGCUGUCACGAAAGGCAUUUGGUGGACCAUACAAAGCAUACGUGCAUCAUGCUUACCGUGUCCAGCCCUGUCCCCUUGAGAGCUUCAUGGGAGGUCUGGCUUUGAAUUUAAUGAGAGCUGGAACAAAGCUGUGUCAUUCACAAAGCUGUUUCAUUCACUUUGGGUACAGUGGCUAUAUUAUUUGAAUGAUAAAGUACAACCUAUUUUCUGUUUAAAAAACAGUUGCUGGGGAAAACCAUGUAGCCAAGAGUCCCCUGGAUCUUCUUUGCAUGCCUAACUUGGCCCAUCUGCUUCUGCAAGCCAUAGACCUACUAUAUGGUGACCAAGAGUUCAUCCAAAACCUUUUAACUUCAGCUUAGCCAAGCAAAUCUUAUUUUAAAGAAUAGAUGGCACAUACUGCCCUGAGGAUGGAGUGUGUCUUGCCUUGUUUUUAUUUAUGGAGAAUCUUCCAAAGAAAAGCACAAGUGAAGAAUUCAGCGGCAUAAAUUUGUUUUUUUAAUCCCUCUUUCCUCAUUUUUUAAUAGCUAUGCUUUUAGUCACCUCAUUCUUUCCUAUUCUGAUGUGGACCAGCCCACAGUCACCCGUGUCCUGGAUUGCUGUAAUGCCCUCUACCUGAGACUGCAUGCAAAGAGCCCUCAGAAAGUAGUCUUGGUGCAAAUGCAGCAAUUGAUGUAGUUGCAGGCUCCUGUAAAGCAUUGCUAACAUCAGUGCUCCACAGACUGCUUUCCAGUUGUUUCUUUGGUACAAUUAAGUGAUGGGGUUUGACUUAGAAAACUUCCUGGGACUUAGAUUACAAGUUUUAGAGAGAUUGUAUUUGACUUGUGUUACAGUAGAGCAGCUGAGGUCAAAAAUAUGUGUUAAGUGAAAGCCCUUUGAUGUAGUGAAGGAGGUCUGGAGUUUGUGUGUUCAAGUGGGAGCAUCAGCUCCAAAAUUUGCUGUCUGCACUGGUUCAAGAGAAAUGGGAAGAUUUGGCCUUCUGAGUUUACCACGAAGUCUGUCCUUUCACACUUUGCUGAAAGAAGUCUCCGCAGAGAGCCGCAAGGCUUACAUUAAUGGAAGAGAAAGUAUUCUAACAUUGUGACAAUUGGUUAAUGUGUUUAAUGGCUCUUGAAUUUUGUAUAUGAGAAAAGAGCUCAUUGUAUGAGUGCAUUUUACAAAUGGAUUUAAAUGCAUAGAAUGCCUUUGGAAAUUAGAGGAAGAUUAUAAUUCUGGAUUUGAAAUAUUGCUGAAUGAUAGCUCUGUUAAUUGGACUUUUGAAGGUUAGCUUUGAAAAAUUUCUCCUCUGUCUCAACAGUUUCUGUUUCUUCAGCAUACUUAUUGGGAUCCCUACUGAGCCUUUAUCAGAAGCCAUGCUCCACAGGGCAUUGCUCAAAUAAAGAAGAAAAAAAGGAAAAGCUAGUUAUGUAGAUUAAGAAAAUGUUUCUCUAACAUGGGAGACAUGAUCUUUAGUACGCUCUGUGGCUGGAAUGAGGUCAGUCCUUGAAAAUGUAGGGAAUUUAGCUGAAGAGAGUCUGGACCCCACUGAAGUGUUUGUACGUAGGGCUUUCUGCUCUGUCAGUGGGCUUGGAGGGGAGAUCCCCUUUCUGUCUGGCAGCCUGGACAGUCACAGUGAAGGGGAUGAGACAGUUGGAUUUGGCCAGAUCAAAUUUAAUUUGGCCUUUUCAGUGUUUGUUUACAAAAUCUUGUUAGCUGUGAUAGCAUUUGAUUAUGUACCUGUUUUUUACAUUUUUAUAUCUAAUGACCUAUUUUAAGUUACUAUUUAUGGUCUUGAACUUGCAAUUAAAUGCGCAGGCGCAGGGAUGUAUCUACAUCUAAUUGCAGGAUCGUGGCUGUAAGAGUUUCUUAAACAGAUAUUAGUGGGACCUCCAUGUGACAGGUGCACCUUGGGAUCAAGCUUAGCGCAAUACUGAAUUUGUAUAUGUAUUUUAAGGAUAUCACUUAAAGUGCCUGUCUCUUUGGGAUAUUAUUAUGUGAAUAGGAGUCCAAAUAAGAUUUUUAGGAUAAUAACUUAAAGGAUAAAUUAUUGUAUUCAUGUUUUUAAACUGAAGUACUUAUAACUUUUUAAAGAACAACAUUCUGAAUUUAAGAAUACAAUAUUUUCAGUACCUUGACCUGCCAAAUCCUUUUAAUAUCCAAAUAGCUAUGCAGCCAAAAAAAACCCUUCAGAAACUAUACCUUUUUUGUAACUUACCCACUUCCAGCAUGACUGUUUUACAUUGAGUAAGUGAAAUGAAAAUGCUGCACAUUGUUCUGUCAACUCUCUGCAUCAUUCAAAAUAUCCUGUAUUAGAUCUUUUGAGCAAGGUUUUCUGAUCAGAAAUUCUGGACCACUACUAGACCUGGCAAACCUGCUUCAGUCUCACUUUAAAACAUGCAGUGUAAAAGGUCCUCAGUCAACAGCCAAGAAACCUGAGCUGCUUGGGUUUUAGCACUUCUUUGUACUACAGAAACCCCUUCGGAAUGGAUGUUUGGCAUAUAUGUAAACCAGCUUAACAAUGCAGAAAGAGGGGGUUUUUCACCUAACAACAACUUUAAUAUUUAUAUCCUUUGCUAUAAAAGUCCCUAGAUAUAUUCCAGAACAAUGCAGCAUUUUAUCAUUCAAUAUAUUUUUUCAUAUAUCAGUAGCUAUUUACAAUAUGAUCAGUAUUAAAGUAUUUAUUUCACUAUGAAGUGUUAAAAAAGAAUACAAACCAGAUUGAAUCAGUGGUGCCUUAUGACUUCUUUAGUCAACUUUUCUGUGUCUCACUAGAAAAAUUAAAUUAGGCAUGUCUCUUCAAAGUCCUGAUGUAAAUAGUGCUGACUAGCAUUGUACAGUGUUUGAGCCAAGUCCUGCCGUUGUAAUGUGCUCAGUCUGCUAACUUCAGAUUGAGUUCAGUGUAUGGAGGGACUACUGGAUCAGUCUUUAAGUGAGGUAUAAGCAGGCACUGGUUAGCCUUACCAUCAGUUGCUCUGGAAAUUUAAUCCUUUCCCAAAACCAGUGUCUCACGCUUCUGUCCGUACAGCUCAGCUGACUUCAGUGUGGUUGCAUAGGUUAUUAGAAGACUAAAUUUGAUUCACUGCUUGCAUAUAAAAUUUACUGGGUUUGUUUCAAUGGCAUUGUAUUAUAAAUCUUCGCACCUCAAACGAUCUUUUUAUGUCAUCACUAAGAAUUGCAUUGUGUGACAACGGCCAUGGAUGUUCAUUUUUGUUUAAUUCAAGUCAGUAAAUAAAAUGGGAAUAACAUUUGUGCCAUGUGACAAUAAUGUCUGCUCGAUAUUUUUGGAAGAAAAGCACGUUAUGUCUGUUAUGACUUUCUACAGCAGCCGGUGGGAGAAGAGGUCACAGUAAUUAGUGUUCAGAGUUGUUAAAGGAAAUUCAGCUUGUGAUUCAGGAAGCAUGUAUUUCUGUAAAUGAACUACUUAAAUAAGGUUGCCAAGUUCUUGUUUUCCCAACACUAAAAGAAUCAUAAGAAUAAUUUUUUUCUUCUGCAAGACUGAACUAUUAAAGGAGUUCCUUAAAUUGUCACUUAAAAAAAUGGACAGUAGUUUCUCCUUGCAGCAACAGCUGUUUACAUGUCACUUGUAGAAGUAGGUCUCUGUUGGAGCAGAGGAUGAGGGAACUAAAUGGCUGUCAUGCUUCACAUAUAUUCUAACACAACAAUUUUUUGUGCAGAGUAUGGAAAUAGAAAGGGUACUUUUUGCCUUUGAAGCAAAGAAUGGAGUUGAAUGAUCAAACUGGGAUUCUUUCAAGCAGAACGUCAAAUGUCAAGAGACCUAGAGAGGGCCCCUCAUCCACAGGACACUGGAAAGGAGAAGACUCCUCAAGGAAUUAAAAAACAAUUGGCUGAAUGUUACUAUCAAUACUAGAGUACAAAUUAAGAUCUAAAAUGUGCAUGUAUGUAAUACCACAUCGCAACAGUGUGAACACUGUUGUCUCACAGGUGCAAACAACCUGUUAUGGCGGUACAUUGACUUUGUGUAACAUAUCUUGUAUGAACUUUUAUCUUUUGAAUGGUAUUCACAAAAAAAUAAGGAGAAUCUCUUAGCUGAGAUAUCCAGUAACACAUUAAGUGUAGCUAGUUCAUGGAAUGGUUCUUCAUGUGCUUUGGGAGAAAACAGGGAUCUUGUGGCAUGUAAGGUGGAAGUGUGUGGACCAUUCAGUUAAAAUGUAAACCUGGAGAACUGGCAAGAAGGGGAGUGUUGGAGUUACUCAGCAGAAGCAAGGCACAUGUGUACGUUCUCAGUGAG